GCCUGGAACGCCAAUGACGCAGGUGGCCAUUCCAGCGAGAAUUCUCAGGGUGUGGUGUUGUUUUUGGUGAUUUUCCUCUCAUUUUCCUGCCCAAAGAGUGCCUUUUCCGCAAUGAAUUUCCUCGUCGUGGUACUGGUGGUGUUACCCGCCGUGUGUUUGGGACAGAGAACGCCCUCCAUCUCGUACAUAACGCAGGAGCAGAUCAAAGACAUUGGGGGCACAGUGGAGCUACAGUGCUCAGUGCAGUACGCCAAGGAGUACGCAGUGGUGUGGACAAAGACGGGCCGGGACAGGAGCGACAGCGUCUUCCUGUCCACGGGCAGCUCGCUAGUCAUCAAGGACUCUCGCUUUGCCAUCCGCCACGACAUCUCGUCCUCGACAUACACCAUGCAGAUCAAGGACAUCCAGGAGACGGACGCGGGCAUCUACCAGUGCCAAGUAAUUCUGUCCGUGGUGAACAAGAUCACGGCCGACGUGGAGCUGCAGGUGCGCCGCCCUCCCGUGAUCUCUGACAACUCCACGCAGUCCAUCGUAGCGUCGGAGGGAAAGUCCGUGCAGAUGGAGUGCUAUGCCGCAGGAUAUCCACGGCCCACAAUCACCUGGCGCCGCGAGAACAAUGCUAUCCUGCCCACAGGCGGCAGCACGUAUACCGGCAACGUCCUGAAAAUCAACUCCGUGCGCAAGGAGGACCGCGGCACAUACUACUGCGUGGCGGACAACCAGGUGAGCAAGGGCGACCGGCGCAACGUGAACCUGGAGGUGGAGUUCGCGCCCGUGAUUUCCGUUCCGCGUCCGCGACUCGGUCAAGCGCUGCAGUACGACAUGGAUCUGGAGUGCCACAUCGAGGCAUAUCCGCUGCCGGCCAUCGUGUGGGUGAAGGAUGAGGUGCAUCUGUCCAACAAUCAGCACUACAGCAUCUCGCACUUCGCCACGGCCGACGAGUUCACGGACUCGACGCUGCGCGUGAUCACGAUUGAAAAGCGACAAUACGGCGACUACGUGUGUAAGGCGAUUAACAAGCUGGGCCAGGCAGAGGCGAAGGUGCAUCUCUUCGAGACGGUUAUUCCCGUGUGUCCGCCCGCGUGCGGACAGGCUCACUACGGCGAGGCCACGACCGUGCCCAUCUCCAGCUUCGUCAUCGUCCUGGGUGCGAUUGCAGUGCUCUUUAGCUAAAUGGUGACGCGCCGGAAUCCGUCUAAUUAAUCCACUCGAAUAUCAACUAACAACACACAUUCAGGAGAGAACAUCCUCGAGACGUGUAAUCUCUUUAUUCAACUAACGAUGACACCCUCUGAAACACUUACUCUCUGACUCGAGGAUGUCUCGCCAAUUGUCAUUCCAUCGGUACAAAAGUCCAUGAAAUUUUACACUAGACUUUAAGCAAUACAAUACGUCCGACAUAGAAUUUACAACACUGAAAGAAUUUGCCUUAUCUAGAGCGGUAUUUAAAGUAUAAUUACGAUAUCUAAGAAAGAAAAAUUGUAGAUAGAUUCUUUUGCAAUUAAUGCAAAACGAAAGUUCGGCAAUUGUAAUCACAUUUCAUUUGGUAUUAUUAUUGUAUGAAAUUCCGUCCAGUUUGGUGGUGAAUCAACGAAAAAGUCUGUAAAAGGAUUUUUAUCCAUUUUUUACUGUAGCGAAGAAUCAAAAUAAAGUUCUAGGAUUAAUUGGUGUUGUUUGAAU